UCGAUUGAUAGCUUUAUCAGCAAAGAUAAAAAUUUACCUGAGCCGCCAUAACCAACAACCAAGGAAAUGACUAUUAAUUUGAGAACCGUUUUUCAAAUUAUUCUAGUUUUCUAUUCGUAUUUAAACUAUUCUGAUGGCAGAUGUUACAUACCCGCAGCCUAUCACGGCGACUGGUAUUCGCAAGAAAGUGGUGCCGAUGUCAGAACCAACAUAGACGUCAAUUUAUGGAGCAGAAUCUCAACACCACAAGAACGGCUAGAAUGUAUUGAUAUAUACCAACAUAAACAAGAAAUCUCACUGAUUAAACAAUUAAAUAGUUCUAUGGUUAACAGUACUAUGUUGAUGUCGGUUGCAGGAGACACAAACAGACAUAGAUGUUUUUUCUGUGUAGAUGUUUUAUUCCGGACAGUUAAUAUUAUACAGUACAGACGACAACAUUGUAUAAAGAGUUCAAAUGGUUCUAACAUAAGUAUUUGUAGAGGUAUUUCUGAAGGCCUACCUGACAUGGAUAGUACUACAACGAUGUUCAGAAUAAGUCCAAUUGAUGUAAACUGUAUAACAACUAUAGAAGGGAUGUACCAGUUUACAUAUGAGGUCGGAGGUGCCAUGUCGAGAGGGGGAAUAUGUAACAGUUCAAACAGUAUAAUAGCUGCUUGUCAAGAUCCCGGAUCAGCAUAUGUAGACAACAAGUAUUUCCAGAUGAAUUAUUCCAGAUGCUAUGAUGUUUCUACGUCCAAGGAUCAAAGUAUACGAUAUAGAUGUAUGGGAUCUUGGUAUGCUGUUAAGAAUGGUGUUGGCUAUAUUUUCGCUGCAGUUGCUGCAGUGGUUGAAGCUGAUAUCAGAGAGAAAUUUAAAUGCAUGAUGACCAUGAAAGACCAGAAGAAUCCGAAUAACUGGGUUCGUUGGGUGAUGAGCAGAUUUCCAAAUUGUAAUUCCUUAAACAGUAUCUAUGAUGGAGAUCGGAAGCUUAUUUUAAGAAGAGUUCUGCCACCUACGAAUUUUCUACAGCCGCAUUGUGUGUUACCAAGGAACAUGUCGGGAAAUUGGUUCACGCAAGGAAAACAGUUUAAAUCUGAUGUUUUAGUAAAUGAAACACACAUAACAUUUAAAACCAGAAUAAACCAGUUUACACUAAGGAAUUCGUAUUUCUCCUGCCAGCAGUCUAAAGACACGAGAUACAUGAUGACCAGAGUAACAGAGGGCAAAUGUGAAGUUGACUUGGUGUGUUUUGAUAUAUUGCCACGUCACCAUAGUGUUGUGAGAUACAGGAUAGGCAAACCCGUCAGAAUAUCACAAGACGAAGCUCGGAAUAACCAAAUCCUAGUAAAGAAAUUUAGGGCAGCAUGUAGUUGGAUGUCAUUUACUUUUAACAGAGAUGAAAUCGACUGGAAAUACGAAGUACUAAUUCUGAAUCCACCAGCUCCAUUUCCUUGCCCUAUUGCUGGACGAUACCAUUUUGAACAAUAUUAUAUGACAAAAACAGAAAAAUUCAAUACAAGAAUCAGAGGUGUAACACAACGACCAAGGUCUAAGAUAUACUGUCGAAUAACUGUAUCUGAAAUGAAGUCAUGUACUAAUGAUGUAAAUAAGAUAUCCGUUGAUGCUGAGUACUGCGAAACUUUGAACUACAGAGGACGCCCUAUUGGAGAAUAUGAUGUGUCUGACCACGAGCUGACAUGUGUUGGGUUCUGGAUGGAAGAUUACAAGUCUUAUUUGAUUACUUGGGAUGAAGAAGACGCCAUUUCAAACUACAGAUGUUGGGUAUAUGAACGAUUAAGUUGGACGGAUGUAAUGAUGUCAAGGUCACAAAAUGCAAGAUGUCCACCAGAACAAACAGCCGAUUCUUAUCAGUUAGAUGGAACCGGUCUGUCACUUAAACUCACAGAAAGUGAGAGAUUGUUUGAUGACUGUCCACAAAGGUUUGACCCUGGACUUGAUCCUUACAGAAAGCCAACAAUUAUCUACAUCCUCAACAAAGCCAAUGGAUCAACUUCUUCCUACUGUUUGUUACUUUUUACAAUGUUUGCAAUAGUCUUUACAGUAAAUUAAAGCCAAACGGCCAAACUCUGGACUACAUAUGAGACUUUUCGGAUAUCAAUUCCAAUUGAUGCAUUUAUUACAAUAGAACACAGCAUUGAGAAUUCAAAGUUUGAAGCAUAAAUACACCAUGUUGUAUUGAGUAAUUUUUACUGUUGUAAUUCAAUAUGUGCGAUUGAUAAUGGAUGAAAUUAUGAUUUUGAGGUUGAUAACAAAUAAUAUUGUGUGCAGUAAAAUACUGCUAACACAAUUUUCAGUGAAACUACCAGUGAAUCAUAUUUGUUGCUUUAUCCUGGUUAUACAUUUGAAAUUUUUCUUGAAAUCGUAGUUUGAUUUAAAUAAGUUUAAGCACCGAUUCUUUGUAUAAAGUGAAACAUUUCUUGUUUAUAUUCAUGUUUUAGUUCUUAAUAAUUGUCUAACUGUAUUGCAAUACCGUAUCAUCUGAUCAUGAAUAUACACCGGACUGGUAUUUUUCUGAGAUUAUCGUUUUGGAAGUGUUUUAACGAACUAUUGGUUAAAACAAACGAUGUGAAAUAAUAAGCUGUAUUUUUAUCCCUUUAUAGACCCUCCCUUUUACACUAUAUAGCUACAUAUUUGUCGAAGCAUUGAAAGUAGUAAUAUUUUAUUGUAAAUUGUUAACCAUGCACAAUUCAUUUCAUAUAUAAUGGAAUUAUGAGGAUUAUGUAUGGUUAUUAUGAAAACAAUAUUUAUACAUGAUGUUAUUGUGGUUACCUCUAACCCUCAAUUUGAAACAUUUCCAAAAUACGAUGCGUGAAGCGUUUUAUUGCGUUUUAUAAUUGAUUUUUACUUUCAAUUUUUGACACGAGUAAGUAGCUUAGAACAUUUGUGAUUUCUCGAACACUUAUUU